CAGCUACACAAAAGUCAUCAGCAAGCAGUGCAACAGCGAUAGCGGUAACAGUAACAGUAACAGUAACACUCACGUUAACAGUUACAGCAUCACAUUGACAUUAACUGUAGCUGUCGACUGCCCAAACGAAACGCUCAGGCUACGACUGAUCUGAUUUGCGUGCGUGCGUCGUGCGUGUGUGUGCGUGCCACGCCCACCACCGGCCACCGCGUGCACUCAGAGGGUUGGUUGGUGCCCGCGGUGCCAUCCCCCCAAACGCAAAGUGAUAGAAAAUGGUGUCUCAUGUCAAAAUCGAUUCACCUGUUUUUCGCCUGCACACAAACGCAACGGUUAUUUUACUGAUCACAUUCUCGAUUGCUGUGACAACGCGGCAGUACGUAGGAAACCCCAUAGACUGUGUACACACAAGAGACAUUCCGGAAGAUGUUCUCAACACAUAUUGUUGGAUACACUCAACGUAUACAGUUGUGGAUGCGUUCAUGAAAAAGCAAGGUUCCGAGGUGCCUUUUCCUGGAAUUCACAAUUCACAGGGGCGUGGCCCUCUAACAAUAAAGCACACAAAAUAUUAUCAAUGGGUAGCGUUUACACUAUUUUUUCAGGCAAUCUUAUUUUACACACCAAGAUGGCUGUGGAAGUCUUGGGAGGGUGGCAAAAUUCAUGCGCUCAUCAUGGACUUAGAUAUAGGCAUUUGUUCCGAAGCCGAGAAAAAACAAAAAAAGAAAUUACUUUUAGAUUAUUUAUGGGAAAAUUUAAGAUAUCACAAUUGGUGGGCGUACAGAUACUACGUGUGUGAGCUGCUCGCCCUGAUAAAUGUGAUAGGUCAAAUGUUUCUUAUGAAUCGAUUUUUCGAUGGUGAAUUUAUGACAUUUGGCUUGGAUGUGAUAGAUUAUAUGGAGACCGAUCAGGAAGAUCGCAUGGAUCCGAUGAUUUACAUAUUUCCCAGAAUGACCAAAUGUACAUUUUUUAAAUAUGGUUCAAGUGGGGAGGUGGAAAAACACGACGCCAUUUGCAUUUUACCAUUAAACGUUGUUAAUGAGAAAAUUUACAUUUUCCUUUGGUUUUGGUUUAUAUUAUUAACGUUACUCACAUUAUUAACGCUAAUAUACAGGGUGGUUAUUAUAUUCUCGCCUCGAAUGAGGGUAUAUUUAUUUCGAAUGCGAUUUAGGUUAGUGCGUCGAGACGCAAUUGAAAUAAUCGUUCGUCGUUCCAAGAUGGGCGAUUGGUUUUUGUUGUAUUUAUUAGGUGAAAAUAUAGAUACAGUUAUAUUUCGUGAUGUUGUACAGGAUUUAGCAAAUCGCUUAGGACAUAACCAACACCACAGGGUGCCUGGAUUGAAAGGUGAAAUACAGGAUGCAUGAUAUUGGGAGUAUUAGAAACAAUACAAAAUGCAAUAUGUCGUCUCAAUAUGAAAACCACAACAACAACAACAACAACAACGUUCAACUAUUUAGUACAACAACAACAACAGCAGCAGCAGCAACCGCUUCAUAAGUUCAACACAAAACUGAAAAAAAUAUAAAACGUAUCUUACAAAUACAACCAAAAAAACUAUCGUCAAUGCUAGCACAUCGAAGCCAUUUUCAAUCAACAAGAGAGUAAAGCACAGAGUCGCCUCAGUAACGAUAACGAUAACGAUAACGAAACAGAUACCGAUACCGAUCAACGAUCACCGAUCAACGAUAAGCGAUAAACGAGUCGAGAUAACGACAAGGUUUAGGAUAAACAAAGGCUAUAACAAUAGACCAAAGCACACAACGAAUGAAAGCGGACUAAGCCGAACCAGAGUUAAAGUCAAAGGCAAGGAAUACGAAACCAACAACAACCUAACAA